AUAUCGGCAGCAUUCAGCACAUGCACAAAUUGGGAAAACACUUUGCAAGCCAAGACAGCUGCCUGGACAGAUUCAAAUGCCAAUUGUGAUAAUUACUGGCCUACCGGCAAGCGGCAAAUCCACUCGAGCCCGCCAGCUGCACGACUACUUGGCGGGCAAAGGCAAAAGGGUGCAUAUAAUAAGCGAGAACGAGGCGGUGCCCAAAGCGCUCUACGAGAAGAACGCCUUCUUCAACAGCUCACAAAGCGAGAAGGUUGUGCGCAGCGAUCUCAAAUCGGAGGCAUCGCGACACCUCAACAAAGACGAUGUCGUCAUCCUCGAUGCGGGCAAUUAUAUCAAAGGGUUUCGCUAUGAGCUACACUGCAUGACCAAGGCGGUGAGAACGACACAAUGCACACUUUUUACUUGCAUACCGCUGGAGCAGGCCUGGACAUUCAACAUAGAACGCAACGAGCCGGAUAAAUUGGAUGAGCAAGCGGAUCAAUCGGAUCGACGGCCAAACAACUCAAACGUGCCGUAUACCCGUGAAAUAUUCGAUGCGCUGUGCAUGCGCUACGAGGAGCCACAGAGCAGCAGUCGCUGGGAUAGCCCAUUGGUUGUGGCACUGCCCGAGGAUGCCAUCGAUUUAGAGGCCAUCUACAAAUCGCUAUAUGAGACGCAACCAUUGCCGCCCAAUCAGAGCACACAAAACCCGCCUUUGGGCGCCACAAACUACCUGUUUGAGCUGGACAUUAUUAUGCAGGAGAUCAUUAAGGAAAUACUGGGUGCAGUGAAAAUUGGGGCAUUUGGUCAGUUGCGCGUUAGGGGAAGCACCGUUAAGGUCAAGGUGACCACAUCAAUGAAUGCUAUGCAGCUGAAUCGCUUGCGGCAAAAAUUCAUCACGAGCACGUGUCGGGCGAGCCAGACGACGCCGGCACCUCUGGCGCAGGUGCCGCAGUUGUUUGUUCAGUUCAUCAAUGCCAAUACAGUGGGUUGUUAGUCUACGAACAACACAAAAUAAAUACUAAAUAAAAGAAACUAAAUUUUCAAA